GUUUCACUGUGUUUAAUGAAGUCGGUGCGUGGUAAAAUAUACUAAUAUUAUCUUUUAAAAAUGGCUUCCGAGGAUUCUAGUGCAAAUACUUUAAAAUUAUUUACGCAUGCGGAAGUCGCAUUAAACAAUACUGCCGAUAAGCUUUGGACAAUAAUUCAUCAUAAUGUAUAUGAUCUCACAGAUUUUCUAGUUAAGCAUCCUGGUGGUAUUGAAUUACUUUUAGAUCAAGGUGGAAGAGAUGCUACAGAGCCAUUUGAAGAUGUUGGACACUCUACAGAUGCAAGAAAAAUGAUGGAACCAUAUAAAAUAGGAGAAAUUGUUGAAGAAGAAAGAAAACAAUCGAACGCGAAAGGGUCUCCGGAUCCAUUGACCGAUUCCAAAAAUCAGGAUUCCAGUGACUCUUGGAGAUCCUGGGUGAUUCCGAUAGCAUUGGGAAUACUAGCAACGCUUGUUUACCGCUACGUGAUCAACACACACUAACAAGAAGAAAAUUCUAAAUGAAUUUGAUUUUAUUAGCAUCAUUUGAUGCUACUUAACAGUAUUCUUACAAAUCAUGUAUAGAAAAUGUGUUAAUUAUUAUUCUAAAUUUUACAAUUGCAGUUAGUAUAUAUAAUGAUUAUA